UGUGUAAACCUCACUCCCCUGGCCUCAAGAGGCGCACUAGCGACUGAUGCAAGGGGCUGUAGCCUUUAGCCUCAUCGUUAGCGCGCCCGCCUCCCAUGCCGGAGACGCCAAUUCAAAUCCCACUCAGAGCGGGUCGAGUAGGACUAGUUACAAAGGCAUCAAGAUUUUUUGGAGGGAGGAAGUUUCUUUGCUACAUGAACAUACCAUCAAUUGUUGUUGACAAAAGUGUGACAAAAUCACACUUUCUGCAUUCAAAUUAUUGCUCGCAUGAGCUAUUAAAUGUAACCUGAGUAAAUCCUUAUAUUUAUGCCUAUGACUAAAAGGUCUCAGCUCACUGCCUUUUCUUCAAAACGAUGUUUUUAAUCUGUACACUGAGCAGCAGCGCUCUGGUAGAUGGUUACAUGCAUCUAAAUUUCGGUUCUUGACCUCUUGGGAAGAGAAGGACUCCUAUGGACAAAGUGCUUUAAUUUUGCACUCCAAACAGCAUCUCGGUUUCUUUUAACCUUCUAAAACGUGUAUAUUGGACAUUGUGACAGCAUGGACUCGGUAAGUUCUGAACAAUUUCUUAUCUUGUUCUCAAGAAACCACACUGAAGAAGACUUUUCAAGCAGCAAACCUGCACAACAAUCGUCACCUUCAGCACUCCUUACGUUGAACAAAAAAGACCAAAUAAAGACACCUGUUACGAGGUAUGGAAAGGGCGCGAUUGCAAUUGCAAGCUUUUUUUAUUUUGAAUGAAUGUGAAUUACUACAGAGAUCUUCAGUAACCAACAAUAAUUUUGCAGCACCAUCAAAGCAAGGAAGACCUCCCAGCAUACAGUUGCUGUUGAAAACUCCUCUGCCAAAAGUCUGAAAGUAAGUUCUGGCCUUUCACUGAAGGAUACAGGUCAUUCUGUUUUUAUUUAACUUUACUGAACAAAUCUUAGUCAGAUGGUGGGUACAAAGGCAAACAACAAAGACACUGGUAAUGCUAUAAUGAACCAUCCUUAAAGUGAUAGUUCUGACAUUAUUUACUCACCCUCAACAUCUUUUUUGUUCCACUGAAGAAAGAAAGUCAUAAAAAUUUGGAACAACAUAACAUGAGUGAAUGAUGACAGAAUUUUAAUCUCUGGGGACUCUGUCCCAUUUUUAUCAUGAAAAUGCUCUUCUCAGCACUUCCAUUAUUUCAACGUUCAGGUAUGCAAUGAGCAACAUCAGCAUAGUGAUUCAGAAGAUCAGUGUUUUCCUGAGACCAGCUUGAACACUGGAGCUUCAUCUGUGGCAGAUGACAGAACGCAAAGGAACAUAAGAGGAGUGUAAUGAGCAACAUCAGCAUGGUGAUUCAGAAGAACAGUGUUUUCCUGAGACCAGCUUGAACACUGAGCCAUCAUCUGUGGCAGAUGAAAUAGCACAAAGGAACAUAAGAGAUGUUCAAAAUCAGCAGAUUACUCCUCUCUCUGGUGAAGAGGAACCAUAUUCCUCAUCUCUUCAGACCUCUAAGUCACCUUCUAAGAGGUACAGUGAAAAGAGGCCAUUAUGUAGCGAACUGCCUGAUCAACAAACAUUCACUCAGAGCAAUGGCAAAAGGCAAAAAAGAAGUGACAACAGACUUGUCCAAAAUGUUGUAGCUGAGGCUGACUUAUGUUCAGAGUCUAAUCUUGAAGGGAAUGAAGAUAAUCUACAGUUGCGUCUGAAAUUCAUGUCUGAGCACAUGAAAGAGAAGAGGUUUUUUUUGUGUGAUUCUCCUGAUAAAUUUGAUCAAAGACCUGAAGAUCAAAAAUCCACUGCAAAAACUACAACACUGGGACACAUGGUGGACCAACCACUUGUAGUGCAUACUUCCUGGGAAGGGCGUGCUCCUAAAGAAAUAAAACAAUUUGCUGAUGCCAGCACAAAAGGCACAGAAGACAACAUAUGUAGAACGGCAAUCAAAAUAACUGAUUUUUUCAACUAUGCCAAAAUAAUUGUUUUUCUUCUUGAAUGGUAUAAUCAAAACAAGCAAAAUAGGCAGGAUAUCAGAUUUAUAGUUGGUAAAUUCACUGUAUUGAUGCGGUCAAAUGAUCUAUACUGUUGUCCAAUCAAGCAAGAUGAGAAUGAGAUACGUUUUCAUGACAAAAAUCUAUCUUAUGCCACACUGAAAACUUCAAAAGAGUUUAGUAAAAAAUAUUCUCAGACACUUUGGAACUUUAUAAUGGGUUACCAUGACAAAGUUUCUUCUUAUGUAAAGACCCCUCAAGAUGCCAUUGCAGUAUGUGCCAUUUUAUUCUCAGAAGUUAUUAGGUAUCCUGACAUGUUCUUCCACAACAUUCUGCUCAUGUGGUGUUUGAAAUCAUGGGAUGAGUUUUGUGACCAUCAUCCAAUGAUAACAGGAGGAUCAUGGAAAUGUCAGGGAGAAAGUAAAAAUGCAUCUAAAAAAGAAAAUCUUCAACAGAGAAACAGUGUCCCAGACAAAGUUAAAAAGAGAAAACAAAAAAAUAUUUUAUUUUGUGCUAAGAAAAUAAUGAGAGAUGAGGACAAAAUUAAUACUCUAUUCCAAAUAGAGGUGUUAGAUUCACAGGUUGAAGAAGCAGAUGAUACAGACUCCUUUGAGACUUUGGGGUAUGGGAGCUGAACACGCAGCAACCCCUUAAGUUUCAGAGGUCGUCACUUUUUUUUAAGUGUGUUUUUAUUAUUUAUGUAUUUCGCAUAGGUUUUAUUUUUAUAAUAAACAUGAUUUAUUGA